AUGAAUUACAAAUGUGAUUGUGGGGAGACGAAGAAGACGAAGCGGAGUGACUUAAAUAGGAGUGAAUUGGCCAUUCGAAAUGAUUAUUUCACUAUAAAGGAGUUUGCAAAAAUAUUUGUCCUUUAUACAAUGAGAAAAUUUUAUAAUGGUAAGGAAACUCGAGCGAAUAAAUUGCAUGACCUUACCCGGCCCAAUAAGAGCGAGCCUCAGGGAGUCAUCCAUGGUAUGAGAGUGAGAGCAGUCCAUUCAGAAAUAGAAUUACCAGGUGCAAACUUUCACGAACUCUUUUGUAGGAUUGGGGAACUGGGAAAGUAG